UGAAAGAAGAAUUAAUCCGUCAUAAACAGCCGAAAGUUUAAAAAGAACUCUUGGCAGAUUACAAUGGCCCAGCAAAUGUCUGAAAAGGCUAUGAAAGCAGCACUCAGAAAAGAGUUCAAAGCCAAAAUAGCAGCAAUUCCAAAGAUAGUCAAAGAAUCCCACUCGAAAAUAGUAGCGCAAAUGUUUUUGGAUCUGCCAAAAGUGAAGAAAAGUGAACGUUUCAGUGUAUACUUGAGUAGGGAUGAUGAAGUGGACACAACGUUUAUCAUUAGGACUCUACUACAACAAGGAAAACAGAUAUUUGUUCCAUAUUACAAGGGAGAAGGCAUGAAAAUGGUUCCCCUGUAUUCAUGGCAGGAUUAUGAAAGGAUGCCGGAAACGUCCUGGAAUAUCAAGCAACCAGAGGAUGGAGAUAGGAGACCAGAUGCAUUAGACUUAGGUGGACUAGAUGUGAUAGCAUGUCCAGGACUUGGUUUUAGUGAAAAUUUCUUUCGCCUUGGAAGAGGAAAAGGUUACUAUGACAAGUACAUUCACAGAUGCAACUUAAUGCAGUGUGAACCCUUUCUUGUUGGACUGGCUUUUAAUGAGCAGAUGACUAGCACUGAUCUAGCACUAGGUGAAAGAGAUAAGCAAUUAUCCCUCAUUCUUUACCCGGACUUUAACAGAGUCCGACGCAGAAACAGUGGUGAGGCUACGAGACAGUUCAAACCGAUAUUCAAGACUUUUCUAUACACUUUCCCUGAUAAAUAAUUGAGCAUGAAAUUAUUGUAAAUGAAUGAUGAAUGAUUUUUUUUAAUUGUGGAAUAUGUGAUUUUAAGAUAUAGCGUGUAUGAAUUUAAUAUGCUGACUAAAUACAAGGUCACAUGUACAUCUACAUACUCAAAUCAAAGAUUGAUGAGAAUAUUUAUUCAAUUUGCCUCAAAAUUUUCAGUUGAACUUAAUCUCUUAUUGCCAUAUGUCAUUGUAAUGAAUUUCAUACUUGUGUAUCACAUAAAAUUGGAUUGGAUCUAACUCUGUGUGUAUUUACAAGACCACUUCCAAAACUUGAACCUACCUUGGGUCAAAUUACAUGUAAGAAGCAUGAAAUGAAAAUUGUUGCAUAAAAAGAUUUUAGUUUGAAGCUUUAUUUUGAGACUUGAGUAAUAAAUGAUGCUUUCAAUAGUUAUUACAGUCAAGCCUCGUUAAUCUGGAUAGUUGUGUUCCUGAGCAAAUUGUCUGGAUUAAUGAACGAUGACUGGAUUACUGAAACGUACCUAGUAUAGAUAAAUUGUUCCCCACUAAUUUUGUAUGGAAGGUGAAGCGUCCAGAUUUUUGAUGUCCAGAUUAAUGAGGAUCCACUGUAUUCAGUACUUGUUUAACUACAGGGUUUAUACAAAAGUAAAGUCAUAACUGCUAUGGAAUCUUUAAAAUGAAUGUUAUCAAUAAAAUUUUAUAGUUUUAA